AGGACCCCCAGCGUUUCCUCUGAAGGAGCCCUCGGCACCCGGAGCAUCCACUCUCUUCCAGCAGCCGCUUGUUUGUAGCGAGACCUCAGGCUAGUCCAUUACUGACUACAGCGGGGUGACGCAGCUCAAGGAAGAACAUUUAUGAUCAUUUCAUCAUGGAAAUGCAAUCAGACCGAGACGCUAAGGCAGAGGAACUACCGCGUCUGCAGUGCAAACUGAUUAAUAUGGUGAUUAUUACUUCAAGGAAAUUUUAAAGUAAUGAUCACAAAUGUUCUUCCUUGAGCUGCAUCACCCCGCAGCACUCGAUGGACUUGCCUGAGGUCUCCGUAGAAACAAGCGGCUGCUGGAAGAGAGAUGGUGAGUUGUGUUUAGUCUCUUAGCUGAAGAAAUCAGGCAAAGUUAAAAAGAUGUUUGGUGGUUAGUGCUAUGGCUGGGACCCUAUAUGUCCUGUUGAUGAAGUUAGGUGCUGUUCUGAGCAUUAUUUGUGGCUAUAGAGUGGCGUUUUGGUUGAGGUUUGUUUAUGGCUCUUCAGACCACUGUGUAUUGCUAUCGUGCGGUUGUUACUAAAGUUGGUAUAACAAGAGAAGCAAGCGGUCGGCAACAUUCAUUUCUCAAUGGGAUGUCUAACUUUGUGUUACGGUGUGUUUGACCCUAACUUAAUUUUACGCCAGAAUAUCCCUUAAAGUCUGUUUUGUAAUGUGAUUUUAAAAAAACUCUCACAGGAGCUUUAUAUCCUGUUUAAACGGCUCUUAUUGAGCCUGAACCUUGCCCUAUAUAUACAAAGGCUUUUAUGGUGAAUAAGUCAUAAUACUCUUAAUACAUCCAUGUGAAAUAUCUAACUUGCUGUCUGCUCCAAGUGUAGAUUUCCUUUGGUUUCUUCAUUUGCUUUUAAUUCAGCCCUGGCAGCACGGUUUGUUCUUGCCGGCUGUUCAGCAUCCCUGGACCGUGCCCCUCUUGGGUUUUUCUGUAGAGACCAGCAGAGCUCUGCAUUGAUUAUUCAUGUCCACUUGAGAUGAGAACUUUCCGGUGCAGCUUAGUUUGGUGGAAAAACACCCACACACCACGUUCUACUCCUAGUUAUGAUCCAUGACCGGCCACAAUCACACACUGUUCUGCUGCCAGGCGAGUGUUUGCUGCACAGACGAACCACCUGCCCUCACAGUAGUUUUCACCUGCUGAGCAUUCGAACAGUGUCUGUUUGUGAAAAGUUCAUCUUUGAUCUGAUGAAGCACAUCACCUGGAGAGGGAUGAACACACUUUUUCUCUACAUGAUUGUACAAAAAGGGUUUCAGUGCUUAUUAGAUGAAGACCUGGGUUACUAAAAAAAUGUCAUCUCGAGGAUCAGACUUCACAGACUGCUUAACCCUAAAAAAGCAGAACCCUUACACAACCCCAAUUUUAAAACAGACAGGAUGCUUCAUGAAAUGUUAAAAAAAAAUGGUUUGUAACUGUUUAAUUUAGAAAACAGUCUAUAACAAAAUAUCACUUGUUGAAACCAAAAAGUUGGAUUUUGUUGUAAUGAAAAAAAAUAUAUACUAAUGUAAAAUGUUUUUAAAUGUUGAGACAGCAGGACAACAAAAUUUAUCAUCUCCAGUACACGCUAUCAAUGAAAGACUAAGACUACCUGAAAAAUAACCUCCAUAAAAUUAGGUUUUCAAGGCUGUAAACCAAGAUGGCUUCACUCUUACCAACAGGUCCCCUACGCCAAGGAGGACGAGAGUGGAAACAGGAUAGUAAAUAUAAAAGGCGAUAUCAACAAUGGUAAUAAAAUUAUAACAGGUAAUACUCAAUAAUAGUAAUGAUAAAAUAGAGCAACAGAAAUGAGCAAGAGAGGUCUAAAAGGUUGAUAAAGAAUAGAGUAAAAGCAUAACAAAAGCUAAAAAGACAGUAAAGAUAAAAUAAGGUAAAAGAGAUGACAGAUGAAAGAUAAUUGUUUUUUUUUCUUCUGUUGAUGAUUCUGUUGAUCAUAGUCUAUACCUUUGACAGAGCUGUAUGCACAAAGAUAAACAGCUGUUAGUUGGUUCCCAGGCAACAGAGUCGGAGGAUGAUAGAAUAUGUCUAUGGUGCAGCAGCAGGAUACACUGAUCCUGCUGUUUACUUAUCAUCUCCCCCUCUUUCCCCCUCUCUCACUCAUCUUCUCCCCCCUGUUUUUGGCUCAGUCCUCUCCAGUGAAAAAUGCAGAUGAGUUUCUUUUGCUCUGGACGUGUGACAUUAAAAUGUGGCUAUUAGAUUGUCUUCCAGUGGAUGAUGUUACUGAGAUCAUAUUAAGGCUCUCGCACCUGGGUCACCCUACCUUUCCCAUCCCCCUAAUGGCAAACAAAGAAGUCCAGAUUUUCUCCUUCUGUAUCAAAGAUUGGUUGCCCUCUUUAACACUCUAAACUAAUGUGCCCCUGCUUUGGAUUUGAUAGAUCAUUGGGGCUCUUCUUGUCAUCAUGUUGUGCUUGGAGACCUUGGUGCGUCAGGUGCUUUGGCUAAUAAUUGAUAGAUCAGACGAAGGCAGCGUAAAGAGGGUUCACAGCUGGCUGGCUGGCCCCGCAGUUUAGUCGGCACUUACCAUGGUUCAGUGAAGACCAGAGUCAAAAAGUGGACACCUUGUUCUGACAUGCACCAUGAAUGCUCUCCUCGCUCUUUUGGUGUUUCUCGCCUUCUCGUCUGCGUCUUCAAAACCCAACGCUGGUUUGAAAACAUGGGGGCGUUUUAACAAGCUGCCCUAUCCGGGCGACAAGGCUUUUCUUUACGACACCUUCCCCAAAAACUUUAUUUGGGCGGUGGGCACGGCGGCGUACCAGGUGGAGGGCGCGUUUGAGAAGGACGGGAAGGGCCUCUCCAUUUGGGACACUUUUACGCGCGGGGGGAACCGGAUGGCCACCGGGGAUGUAGGCAGUGACAGCUAUCACAACAUCAACGCCGAUAUCAGAGCCAUCAAGCAGCUCGGGGUCAAUCACUACAGGUUCUCUCUGUCCUGGUCCAGGAUAUUUCCCAACGGGACCCGUGGGAGCUACAAUGAAAUCGGUACCAACUAUUACCGGACUCUGAUUAAGAGGCUGAAGGAGAUCCGCGUGCAGCCAGUGGUCACUCUUUAUCACUGGGACCUGCCCGACCACCUCCAGCAGACCCUCGGGGGCUGGAGCAACCCGGAGCUGGUGGGGAUUUUUAAAGACUAUGCCGAUUUCUGUUUCCAGACUUUCGGGGAUGAUGUAAAGUACUGGAUCACUAUUGAUAACCCGUUUGUGGUGGCGUGGCAUGGGUACGGCACUGGGGUGGUGGCUCCUGGGAUAAAGAACCACCCUGAUCUUCCAUUCCGUGUCGGACACAAUCUCCUGAAGGUGAGUGGUGAUAUGUAUGUAUGUAUGUAUGUAUGUAUUGGUUCAAAAAGAAGCAGAUAUAACACAACAUACCAAUAUACAAAACAAUAACUUUGGUUGACCAUGUAACUUGGAAAUAGUAAUAAAAUUAAAUUCUGGACCCUUAAAUCUCCUGGGAGGUAUUUUAAUUGGUUACAAAACAGACUAAAAUUAACACCCAGGUCUCUUCAUGACCUACAACUGCAAAGACUAUGUGCCUCCCACAGACAAAGUGUUGCUGGUUUAAAGGGAUAUUCCGGGGUAAAAUUAAUUUAGGGUCAAACACACUGUAACACUGAGUUAGAGACCCCCUCGAGAGAUGCAUGUUGCCGACCGCUUGCUUCUCUAGUUUUACCAACUUUAGUAAUGACCACACGAUAGUUUUACGCUGGAAUAUCCCUUUAAAAUUCACAAUAUAAAAACUUUCAUUGUUGUCAUUGAUGGUCUCAUUUUCUUUUGAACAUUGUACAGACCCAUCACUGAUUAUUUUUAUUUCAUAGCCAAUGAAAAACUUCUCUCAGGAGCUUUAAAAUAACUUUAAUACAUGCAACUGCUGGAAGGAGGUAGGUGGGGAUAUCUUUUCCAAAGCAAAUUGUCACAAUACAAAAUAAAAUAAAGCAGACUGAGAUUAACAUUUGGACUGGUGAGAACCAGCAAAGAAAUUAGGUGUUAUUUUUGUCAACACAAAAUCAACACAAAGUUCCCCACAGGAGUUUUAAGAAUCCAAAUAAAAGAGUCAAGUUUACACACUUUUCAUUUCAACUUUGAAUCGUUUUAGACCUUCAAAACCAAAAAUCUUUCAGUUUUUUUUUUUUUUUUUUUGUGCAAAGACCUAUUUAUGUCUGUUAAAUUUUGAUUCAUUUUUUACAAGGAUACCUAUUUCUUUCUUACUCAGGAAAGCAUUUACUGAAAUUUUGCAGAUGCUUUUCUCUUUUAAUCUUUCUUUCUAUCAACACUCAGUACCCUUCAUCUUUCUUAAUAUCCUUUAAUAACAGUUCUCAAUGAAUUUCUGUCUGUGUCUUUUUUCCAUCUAUCUCCAGGCUCAUGCAGCUGCCUGGCAUGUCUACGACCUCCACUACCGUCCUCGUCAGCAGGGAAAAUUGUCCAUGGCUCUGGCCUCUCACUGGAUCAAACCCAGCCGCACCCGUGUGGAGAGCUUGCGGGAGUGUCAGUGCUCCUUGGACCAUGUCUUGGGCUGGUUCGCCCGGCCGCUCUUUAUCGAUGGAGACUACCCUCCCUGCAUGAAGUCCAGGCUGGGCUCACGCCUGCCUUUCUUUACAGAGGAGGAGAGGGAGCAUGUGAAAGGGACGGCUGACUUCUUCGCCCUCUCUCAUGGGGCUGCUCUCAGCUUCCAGCUCAUCAACGACAGUCUCAAGUUUUGGCAGCAGGAAGAUCUAGACCUGAGGAUGCUGCUCUACUGGGUCAACGCCGAGUACAACAGACCACCAAUAUUUGUGGUUCAGAGUGGAUGGUAGGCGUGGAUAUUGAUUGUUUGUUUUAUUCUUGUUUGUUGUUCUUGUUUGAUGGCUGAAUCCAGUUUUACCGCUUAUAACAGGUACGUCCUCGGCAACACCAAGACAGAAGAUCCAAAGCACAUGUACUACCUCAAAAGGUUCAUCGCAGAGGCGCUAAAAUGUGAGUAAGAGCCAAGUCUGGCAGGUGGCAGAUUCACCCCCACAACAUGAACAUCCACAUUCCUAAAAGUGAAGUAAAGUUGAACUCUUAAAUCUGGGCUUUCCAUUUGUCCGUGAAUGUUUCACAGCCAUCGUGAUAGAUGGAGUGAAUGUGAUCGGAUACACAGCCUGGUCCUUGAUAGAUGGCUUUGAGUGGCACAGGGAGUAUGGGAUACGACGUGGACUCUAUUAUGUUGACUUCAACACUCCUGACAUGAAAAGGGAGCCAAAGACAUCUGCAACCUUCUACAGGUAUGUGGACUUACCUAACCAGCUGUUAAUUUGACAGAGAUGCAUGAUGUAGAAACACACAGAUUUGGAGAUGUAGAUUCACACUCCAAGGAUGACACUAACAAAGCUUCACCAUGUUUUCGUAGCUUUAUUUCAUGACUACCUCUCCUGGGUUAUAACAGUUUAUUGUUGCUGUUCACAAGUUUGUGUAACUGGUGGAGGACCUGAGCAGAAAUAAGAUAAAAUGCAAAAAGUUUUGAAUGUUUUGAAUUAGAACUUUACAGUUUGCAUCAUCAGGUUCAUCAUCAUACUUCCUUGGAAUUUGUUGGCUCUUACAUGAUCACUGUAGUUGAAACUCAAAGCUCCGUAGUCAUUAUGAUUAUUCUCAAAAUCAACAUAGAUUUACUCAUACAAAAAUUUUAUGCAUGACAUAUAACAUGUCCAUGUAUCGGGUGUGAUGUUACACAUAUGGCAGAUCCAUUGCUAUCACAUGUAUUCAUACAUUCCCAGGAUAUGUAGAGCAAAUACCUAUAUAUAUUUUUAUAUUGACAUACAGUAUAUUAAAAAAAUACAGAAAUAAUCUCUAUAGGAUACUGAAUGUUUUUUUUUAUAUAAACUGUUAAUCAAAUACAUUUAUAUUUAUAAAUACGAGUAGACAUUUAUGAAACCCAUAUAUUUCUAUGGACUACACACACAUGUGAAUUUAUAAAACUGUUCCAAUUUCGAACAGGCUUCUUAUAAAGUUUGACCAUAAAUGUUUUCACCACAUAUGUAUGAAAAUUUAAUCUGUGGGAUUACAAUGUAUGUACAUUAUAUAAAUUAUCGUAUCUUUCCCUUGUGACUGAUGAGUAGAUAGAAAAAGUUUGAUUUUGCUGGGAUCUAGACUCUUUUUUUAGAUUUUUAUACAUUCAUCCGCCUAGACUCACUUUCCACCCUCGUUAAAUGCUGAAAAACUCUAAACUAACUAUGUUGUGAUUUUUUGCAUAACUGUAUUAUACUAUAACAAAAUGGAUAGUUUCAAUUCUCAGCAAAGUUACAUGCUUAAAGUGAAACUUUUUUAUUAUUCCUAAAGAAAUGUCAUCCAGAAAAAUGGAUUCCCAGAACUCCCAGAAAACAGACCUGCACAAGGGGUCUUCCCGUGUGAUUUUGCCUGGGGGGUUUCUGCCAACUCCAUACAGGUACAUGAGUGUGUAUGUGUGUAUUUUUUUAUUUAUUUUUUGCUGAGAAGCAGAGCUUAGUUUGUGAAUGGAAUAUAAUGAAAAUACUUCCUCACAAAGAGAGACUCUUGAGGAAACAUUAACCAUGUAUUAACUUUGGUUCAAAGUUUCAGCAUCAACUUCUAUAUUUAGUGAAGCUUGAGGUUUUGUUGACUCUACAGAAAGUAAAAGAUUAACAUCAUUUUCAACAUAAAUGCAGUCGUUUGCAUACAUUUUGAAGACCUCAUGCGUAUAAAUUUCUAUAUUUUUUGCUUCAUUCCUCUCCUUUUUGCUCAAGUUUGAUCCUGUUUUAAAAUAAGUCUCGCUUGCAGAUUUCACGGUGAAAGUCCAGCUCAGAAACAGCCAAAAUGAUGAAUUCUCUCUUAAUCAUGAACCACAAAAGCACCAACAGUCUGCAGGCUGAACAGCACGGCUCCAGCUGUCCUUAUCUGUUAGCCUCAUUUUACUUUUAUUUACACUGUGCAGCACGGGGUCGAUGCAGUGUGUGACUGUGAGAGCAUGUUCACACUGUUUAUGUCUCUUCUGCUUCUUGAAAACACUGUUGCAUCUCUGAAAUUUCUGAAAUCUAUGUAACCUUCCAUAUGACAUGUACCGCUGACCUCCUAAUCUCAGUGGGUUUUUUCUGGUUAAAUAAAUAAAAUGAAAUUCUCUUAAUGCCAUAGGUGGAGACUGCACCCACCCAGUUUGCAGACCCUAAUGUGUACUUGUGGAACAUCUCCAACAAUGGGGAGCUGAUGAGGCUGGAGGGCUUCAGUGCUCCACCCUUACACCGACAUGCACACUGUGCAGACUACGCCACCAUCAGACAACAGGUGACUGAUAUUAAAUAUUAGAAAACUGUGAUGAAGGACAGAUUUUGAUUGUAUGAUUGUAAAUAAUUGCUGAAAGAAAGUAGAAAGGUAAAACUAAGGUGGUGCCAUCACAUCAAUGCCGAGCUGGUUAAAGCUCCAGUGAGCAACUUUUAGAUUGUGACACAGCAGUCUGGGAUUAUUUUCCCUCUAAAUGCUUAAAUAGUGUCUUCUGACAAGACUCUCAUCCUGCAGUUUUUUUACGGUCAAGUUUAUCAUUUAUUGUGAAUAUUUUUGGCUGAAAUUUUAAAGGCAGGGUCAUUUCUUUGGAAGCUUGGCUGCUCCCUCACAUUGGUUUCAGACAUUAUACAAAUCUUCAAUCUUGUUGUUGAUGAUCUUUUUUGCUUUUGUUUGUCAAUAUGGAUUUCAGUCAUUUCACAAAAAUGAAAAAACUCCUCACAUUGACAAUCAGCAGGAGUGGGCUGCACUUCCACUGACAUAGGUUUUGAUCUAACACACUUCUUUCUUUGUACUUGUAUAAAGCGCUACCUUAGCAGCAGGAUACUCCUACCAAUAGGUUUGUGUUUAUCCCCAGGGUGCAUACAAGUUAGAUUGUUUAUUCUCCUCCCUCUCUGAAGGUGGAUGAAAUCCAGCAGGUGGGGGUAAAUCACUUCCACUUCUCGCUUAACUGGUCGGCUCUGGUGCCCACGGGCGAUGUUGCUCACCCAAACACCACCCUGCUGGGCUAUUACCGCUGCUUCACCCGUCAGCUGCUGCAGGCUAAUGUCACACCUGUGGUCACUCUGUGGCACCACACUCGCCAGCGCAGCAGCCUGCCGGCCCCACUGGACGCCACCAACAAGUGGCUGAACCGGUGAGAAACAGAGAUGAUGGUGAUGUUAAAUAUCUUUUCACUCUCAGCUGAUAAAGAAACGGCUUUUCUUCUCAGAGAGACUCCAGAGGCGUUUGCAGAGUACGCCAGACUUUGUUACAGAGAACUCGGUGCCCAUGUGAAGAUGUGGAUCACCCUGAAUGAGCCCAACGACGAGGUGGUGAGCUACCAGGAGGGACAUCAGAUGCUGCGGGCACACGCUCUGGCUUGGCAUGCUUACGAUCGCGAGUUCAGACACACACAGAGAGGACAGGUUAGUGUGGAACUGCAGCACUGAGACUGAUCGGUAAUGACUCAGAGGAGUGUGUUUAUUCAGAACUGAGUUUAUCCAAAAGCUCUCAGUGAGUGAGAAAUGCUUUUUAAAAUAUUGCAAUAUCAGUUCAUAAAUGUCAGUAUUGAAGUUACACUGAAAGAGAUCAUCAGCAAAAGCAAACUUUGUUGUAUCGUUCAUUCUUUUAAAAUUAAUCCAGUUUGCAGAUAAUUUAGACGAUGUAGAAACUUUUUAUUGGAUUUUCUGUCCUAUUUAUUUGAAUCUAGUUUUUAUUUAUUAUAUUUUUACCCUUUAUCUGUCUUUUAUUACCUAUACUCCAGCUAUCCUCUGAAUAAAUACUCCCUUGUUUUGUGAAGAGUGUUAUAAAUAAAUGAGAAGUCAUGGAGAUGUACAGCAGGUGUACUCUGUAUUGUCUCUAAGGUGUCUCUGGCUCUUCACAUGGACUGGCUGGAACCAGCAUUUUCAUUCAGCCGUGAAGACGUGGAACCAGCUAAAAGAGUUCUGGACUUUUGCGUUGGCUGGUUUGCAGAGCCGAUCUUUGGCAGCGGGGAUUAUCCACCGGGGAUGAGGAGGUGGCUGCGGCAGCUCAACUCACUUGAGUACUUAUAUUUCAUCCUUUGAUACAGUUCCUUAAAAGUUUUGGGAUAUGUUAAGACCUCUCAGGGAUACAGGCAUCUUCAGCAAAAUACAGCUGAUGACUAGAUUAGAUUACUGAUGGUCAAAUCAUUACUUUGAACCCUAGACUGAAUUAAAUCGAAGUCCGUAGAAUCAAGUACGGCUGAAAAACAGUUUUAGAGCUGACAGAGUGAUUCUGUAUUGGUAUUAAAAAUCAAGAAUAAAUAGACACUUGGUCUUUGCCAAAACUAGUACCAUUCAAUUCCUAAAAAGGCUGUAGCAACACUUUAAUGCCCCCCUUUUUUAAGACUUAUAAAUGUUUUUACAUACAUCAGAGGGAGAGGAGAUAGGGAAGAGAAUAACGAGAUAUAAUGCACCAAAUCUUGUUGAGACCAGUGAAACAAGGGAUGUAGUGUUUGCUCUACAAACUUGGUUCAACUGGUGCCCAUAAGCAUCUUUUCUGUGUUUUUCACAGCCUGCCGGUGUUCAAUGAGGAAGACCGACAGCUGGUUAAGGGCACAUACGACUUCUUUGCCAUCAGUCACUUCAGUACGAAGUUGGUGACACACGCCAAAGAAGACUCGUAAGUAAAAACCCUUGACUGAGACGAGCGUGUAUUUCAAGACAAAUUUCUCCUGUGUUAUAAAGGCAUCAGAUUAAAACCAGUGAUGAUGAUGAUGAGCCCUUUUCCAUAAUUAAUGUAAGACAGCCCUUGCAUCAUCACCGUCUCUGCAGGUACACGUACACAGCAAUGCUGGAGAUCCAACACAUGAUUGACACCACCUGGAUCAUGUCCCCGAGGCCUGUGGUACCCUGGGGCUUGAGAAAGGCUCUCAACUGGGUGCGUCUGGAGGAUCUGAGUCACUGUUUGUGUAGGAAGAUGGCUGUGUUGCAGAUUUAAAUCAUCUUUCUCUGCUAUACAUAGUCGUGUGGAGAGAUUUCAAGGUGGAUGUUGGAAAGAUUUACCCUUUUCUGUACUACGACAGAUCAAUAGAUUUGAUACAGGGUGAACAGUAGAUCUGCCCUGCUGCUACAACAUCCUAGCUGAGAAUGCUACACCCUUUAAACUCAAGAUUAUUGCUCACAGCAGAGUAUUUUUAUAUAUCUUUAAACAUAUCUGGGGUAGGGGUGGCCCAAUAGUACGAUAUUAUCACGAUACUACAAUAUUAUUGCGAUUUAUGCAAUUUUUUCAACUGUUUAGCUAAUUUAGCAUUUGUCUGUCCUUCAUGUUUGUCUUAUUUACACUGUAUUUUAUUUUCAUGUAGCACAUCUUGUAAACCUUAUAUAUAUAUUUGUUGUACUAACUUUCUCCUGCUCUAUAAUGUCACCUCUGCCAACCUCACUGGACAAACAGUUGAUUUUAUUUUUUCAUUAUCAUAGAUUUGACUUCAUAUCAGCAAUUAAUCUGAAAAAAAACGAUACUUGAUAAAUGAGACAAUACCAUAUAUCACCAGACAAAAUACCGUGAUACUAUGUUGUAUCAAUUUUUUUUAACCCCCAAACUGCGGUGACUGUCAAACUCAAACAGCACAAACAAAAGUUUACUGGUAACAAAACCAACUUCUGAUAUUUCCGUCCUGCUGUGUCAGGUGAAAGAACAUUACGCCAAUGUCCCCGUCUAUGUGAUGGCCAAUGGGGUCCAGGAAGACCCAGCUCGUUUCAAAGACAGCCUGAGAGUCUACUAUCUGUAUAACUACAUCAACGAAGCGCUGAAAGGUGAGAAUUCACACAUAAACAAACAUCUUUUCAAGCUUUUUAAGAUUACUGUAGAGGAUUCAUCAGCUCAAUAUUGUUAUGACUGCAUGUGUGUGUGUGUGUAUGUGGAGUCAUCAGUUCCUCAAAGGUGUUUGCAGCUUUUUCUUCCCUCUGGCCUCAACAGAGUUUAAUUAUUAGACAUGUAUUUGGGUUACUGACCCCUGAAUGGUCAGCUGACUCUGGGCACACACACAUACACACAAAUAUCGACACAGAUGCACACUUUACACCUGACUAUUGAGUCGAAGUUACUCACUUUUUACUGACCUGUCCUUGUGAAGUUUAUUGGGUCACACUCAGAGAGGCUUGAUGUGCUUACAGUGUCAUGUUGUUUGAUGUUGCAGCGCUCUCUGUCACCACUGUGUGGCAUCCAACCACAGAAAAGAGUCUGUGUUCAUUUGUUUAGCGCUUAAAUUAAUCAAGUUGAGACUGAAAAGUGUUUAAAGAGUCUGUAAAAGUACCACCUCAGAAUCUCAGGCUACCAGCUGGCUCAUAUGGUGUCAGUAUUUCUACAAUAUAACUGAAGGCAAGACCAAAAUGAGUGAUAAUGAUGUGUCUUCUGUAAAAACCUUGAAGAGGAAUAACUCUAAAGUCCUGCUACAUUCAUAUAAAAAUUGUGUUAAUGUUUAAUACUUUUCCUGGAUUACUCUAAUAAGUAUAUUAUGACCAUUUAUUCCUCAUUUCGAUGCUUUUCUGUGCUGACUGUGUCAGUCAAAACUCACAUGUACAUACAGCUCAGUAAAGAUGAGUCUUUCCUUCAUCUCCUCCUCAGCGUACACUCUGGACGGCGUGAACCUGAAGGGUUACUUUGCUUACGCCCUGAGCGACCAAAGAGACCCAGGGUUUGGUCUGUACGGCCAGGUCCAAGACGAGGUCAUCGUCAAGGCGUCACUCUCCAAUUAUCGUAACAUCAUCCAACACAACGGCUUCCCCAUCAUGGGAGCCGAGCCCCAGCACUGUCCCACUUCACCUCAGCCCUGUAGAGGCUGUCAGGUACUGGUCAAGAGGCCUGUGGUUGGCUUCCUGACUUUGGUGGGUUCAGGGGUGCUGAUCACCCUGGGUCUCAUUAUCUAUUACACAACUAAGAGACGCAAAGAGUGUUACUGAUGGCUGUGACUUUAGGAGUGUGUUCAUCUUAAAAAUGACUUUAGAGAGAAAAAAAGAUUUCAGUUUUCACUGUUUAUUGCGUUUUUAUCUCUUCAUCGUGGGACCUCUACAACCAUUUCAGUGAAUCAAGUUUGGUUAAUGAAAGUGGUUUGAAAAUCUUAUUUAAAGUUUUAUCACUGUUACUAAAUAUCAGUUUGUGUAAAUUUGUUAAAAAGGCCUGUGAGGUAACUUUUAGUGAGACAUAAGUGUCACAGAUGUUUUUAUGUGUUACCUACUUAUAUGUUUUAUGAUAUAUACUAUGUGUUGCUAUGAAGCACCUUACUGGAGCAGGGCUCCAAUUGUUGUAUUUUUAAUGUAAUGACAAUAAAGAAUCCUGUUGGAUUCUAUAUUCCAUUCGAUGCUUGCUGUUGUAAAGAAUCUAUUUAGUAUAUUAAAAGGUAGGAUGAAUCUAUCAGGUUUCAAGAGAAGUGUUAAAGCGAGGACUCU